AUGGAUAAGAGCUUUCAAGAAGAACGGUUUACAGGAAUUACUACAUUUACACCUCCUUUGUACAAACAACGCUACCAGUUCAUUAAAGAUUUAGUGGGCAAAUACAAACCUAAGAAGGUGGCAGAUUUAGGAUGUGCUGACUGUACACUUCUCCAGAUGCUGAAAUUCUGCAGUUGCAUUGAAGUAUUAGCUGGGCUAGAUAUCUGUGCAAGUGUAAUGAAAGACAAAAUGCAUAGGUUGUCUCCUCUUCCUGGUGAUUAUUUGCAACCGGCUGAAAGAUCCCUAACUAUUACCUUGCAUCAUGGUUCAGUUGCCCAUAAAGAUCCUUGCAUGCUUGGUUUUGACUUGGUAACGUGUAUUGAACUAAUAGAGCACCUGGAACAAUCGGAACUGAAGAAGUUUCCUGAAGUGGUGUUUGGUUUCAUGGCUCCAAGCAUAGUUGUGAUCAGUACUCCAAAUUCUGAGUUUAACCCUUUGCUUCCGGGAGUUACAUUAUUCAGGCAUCCAGACCACAAAUUUGAAUGGAACCGAGCACAAUUUCAAAGCUGGGCUCUAGAGGCUGCGAGACGCUAUGAUUACUCAGUGGAAUUUACUGGCGUAGGGCACCCACCAACAGGAAUAGAGAAUGUUGGGUUUUGUACACAAAUAGGUGUGUUUCUUAGAAAAUAUCCUCAAGCCAGUGAACCUGUUCAGUCUGAGAAACCCACUGAAGCAGUUUACAAAACAGUCUUCAAAGCAGUGUAUCCAAGUCUUAAAGAUGAGAAGUACCUGCAGAAUGCAGUGGUCAGUGAAGUUAUUUUCACAGCACAAAUCAUUAAGCAAAGUCUGCUGGACCAUUUGAUGUCAGAAAAUGAGGGGUAUAAUCAUGCUUCCGCUGAGAGAAAAUCCAAAUUCCGACCUUCAAUGAACUGUUUUUCAGAAGAUCUUGGAAAGCUGAUUGUUGAAAAAAGCAUAGAACCAUUUGUCAAUGGAAAUGUGGUUUAUAUACCUCUUAAAACAGUCUUUUCUUUUCCCAAAGUGAAUCGACUUUGUGGAACCUUUGAGAAGUUAUAUAAGCUUAUUGCUGGCAAGGUCACACUAAGCAGUGAUGGUUCUGCUCUGAUGUUCAAUAUUGAACAUGAAAAUGAAGAGUAUUAG